AUGAAUAUGCAGGAGGCGAAAGGAUGCCCCACUCCUAUGGUAUCUGCCUCUAGACUUUCGAAGCAUGAUGGAAAUCCGACUGUAGAAGGAAAAAUCUAUAGAAGUGCAGUAGGUGCUUUGCAAUAUGCCACGAUAACCAGGCCGGAGAUCAGUUUCUGUGUGAGCAAAGUCAGUCAAUUCAUGGCCAAUCCCCUUGAUUCACAUUGGAAAGCCGUAAAGCGCAUUCUGAGAUAUCUUGCAGGAUCGAGCGACUACGGAUUACAUAUUCUGCCCUCCUCUUUUUCACUUACUGGAUUUUCAGAUUCGGAUUGGGGAGCUGACUUGGAUGACCGUCGAUCAAUCACUGGAUAUUGUGUGUAUUUUGGAAAAACUCUGAUUUCUUGGUGUUCAAAGAAACAAACGGUUGUCUCUCGAUCCAGCACCGAAGCAGAAUACAGAAGUUUAGCACAAGUUACUUGUGAAUUGUCGUGGUUAAAAUCAUUGCAUGAGGAACUGAAGAUCAAGUAUUUGAAGCCCCCCACUGUGUGGGUUGACAACAUUAGCACCAUUUCUCUUGCUAGCAAUCCGGUUCUUCAUUCUCGCACGAAACAGAUUGAACUCGAUGUUCAUUUUGUUCGGGAUAAAGUGCACGGAGGAGAAAUAGAUCUACGACAUGUUCCGACGACGAUCAAAUCGCAGACAUCUUCACUAAACCGCUCAGCUAUCAAUUCUUCUCGAGAUUAA